ACGCACGCAGCACGCGCGGCCCGCUUGGCUGCGGAAUUUUUGGAUUCGUAUUGGUGACCUUUCACCUCUGGUUCCUCCGGUGGCGUACACAUGGUCGUUUCCUGAAGCAGUUAACGCAGUGUGUAUACGCCGAGCUUCUUCGCAAGGAUUUGAAAAGAAAAACGAAGGAUGAGUGGAGAGGAGGCUGUGUUUCCCAUGGAGGCUCGUCAAAAUGCGCUCAAAGCGUACUUGCACAGCGGAUACAGCCAUGUCCUGUUACGUCAGUGGCACGAGACUGGUGUUCAAAUUGAUUCCAAGAGCUUUAUGUAUCCAGUGUUCGUCCUCGAUGAUCCGUCAGGCACCGCAGAAAUCGCAGAUCUUCCGGGCGUUAACCAGUACAGCGUGAACUCUCUGGAAGAACAUUUAGAGCCUCUUGUCAGGAAAGGACUUUCGUCUGUACUGCUCUUCGGUGUCAUCACCAAGCUUACCAAGGACUCUAAUGCGAACGUUAUGGAUUGUGCUGAAUCUCCAGUGCUUCGGGCCAUCAACAUGUUGACUGUCGCCUUUCCCAAGCUUCUAAUAGCCUGUGACGUGUGUCUGUGUCCAUAUACUGACCACGGCCAGUGCGGCAUUUACGACAAAGAUGGUUACCUUGACAGGACCUCUACUACAAAGCGCCUAACAGAAGUAGCUGUGGCAUUUGGAAGAGCAGGAUGCCACGUGGUUGUCCCGUCGGACGUUCAGGACUGUUGCGUCGGUCCUAUCAAGGAAGCAUUGUUUAACGCUGGGCUCGGGACGAGCGUGUCUGUCCUUUGCUGUUCCGCAAAGUUUUCGUCUUGUUUCUAUGGCCCUUUGAGGGACUUUGAGAAAACAAAAAAUGCAGACUCUGACGCCAAGUGUUGCCAGUUGCCUUCGGGGUCUGUGCCUCUGGCCCUCCGUGCGGUGGAACGGGAUACCAAAGAAGGUGCUGACAUGCUUAUGGUGAAGCCAGGCCUUCCAUACCUGGAUGUGAUUUGUCGAAUUAAAGAUCGCUACCCUGGGUAUCCUCUGUUUGUGUACCAGUCAGCGGGUGAGUACUCAAUGCUGUGGCACGCUGCCUGCAAGGGAACAUUUGACCUUCACCUGGCUGUGCUAGAAGCUGUCAAAAGUUUCAGGCGAGCAGGUGCGGAUGUCAUUAUGACUUAUUUCACACCGCAACUGCUGGACUGGCUACAAAAAUGAUCUACUAGGGGAUAGUGCUAGAUAAGUCUAAGUUAUUUUCUCAGGUUUAUUACGGUGCCUUUUAUACGUUUGCGUCUAAAUAAACUCCUCGUUGAAAAUGAUACAAUGAA